AUGAGGUUUACCAGUCCCAACUCUCUGGUCGUGUUGACGGCACUUCCUUUCUUGGCCAGAUGCUUCUCUAUCAUGGAAACAUCCAGCAGUGAUGCAGUAGGUUCCGCCAUCUUCAGCGGGCCAGGUCUCAUGGUCAUGGGUGUUACUUCGCUCGGUGAAAUGAGCAUGGGAACAUUCACCGAUGGACCAUUCGGUCUCGGGAGUGGAGGCAUGCUGACCAGCGGAAAAGCAACUGGAGCCUACACCUCGGGAGAUCGAAACGCCGAUAACGGUAUUGGAAUUGGUUACGAUGGGGAAGCUCCAAGCACCCUUGCCAAUAUGGAUGCUAUAUCCAUCCUUGACGUAACCCUUGGCGCCCCGAUUCAAUACGCCUUUGAUACUAAUGGGAAUCAAAUCAACGCCUUGUCGCCUUUCCUACUCACACCGGAUGCCAUUCUUCCACCGGACAGUCUCACAGGGUACACGCGAUCCUCACCACCGCUUGUGAGGACGAUAAUGGCCCCCAGCGGUUUCGUGGUUUUUGUGUUAUCCGUCUGUGACGUUGGAGAUGCAUUGAAUGACUCUGGUUUCCUUCUCCGAGUAGAGGGUUGUAUUGACUGCGACUUUGGAUCUGACAAAGUUGAGAUCAACUAUGCUUACGAAACAACGACACUCCCUCCUGGAGAGCAGCCCUACACUUCUACUAUUCCUGCGUCAGGGACUGAAUCUGGUACUUUUGUUGUUUUCGUGGAGGCUACCGGAGUUACCACUACUACAAGUGAGCCCACUACGACUGCUAAGGAGACAACCACUACUGAGGAGACAACCACUACUGAGGAAACAACCACUACUGAGGAAACAACCACGACUGGGGAGGCAACCACUACAACGGGGGAAGUGACUAGCACCACCGCUGCUGAAACAACAACUUCGACAACGGAUGAUCCCACGACUACAAAUGUUGAAGUAACAACAACCACGGAGGUGUCUACGACAACCGCCGAGACUACAACUACUGAGACUACGACCACCGCCAUUGACGAGGUCACCACAACGGAGCUGGUUUCAACAACUGAAGAGUCAACCUCGGUAUUCUCUGAGACUACCACCACGACGACUGAUAUCACAUCCGUGUCGGUUUUCACCACAGAGGAAACAACCACCACGGAACAGUUCACAACUGUCAUCACUAGCGAACUGGAAACAUCCACGACUGACGAGGUGUCAACUUCUACUGAAGAAAUGACAUCAUCUGCAACAGUUGAGUUCUCAACAUCUGCUGACGUUGAGCCAAUCCUAAGCACUACCAGUGAGAUCCUUUCCACCAGCGUUGACCUGGGGCCUGUUCUGGCUUCAGACACAACGACGAGCGAGUCGAUUGUGUCGACCACAGAUGAACUGGUUGAGUCUACUACUACAAGCACAUCUGAGUCUAGCUCUGUCAUCCCUGAGAUCUCUACCGAGUCUACGGCUUCCUCAAUUGUCAGCACCGCCCUCCCUUCAGCUUCCUCUGAGAGUACCUCUUUUAUAGGGGAGACCACGAGUAGGACUACCACUUCGACUUCGGAAGUAAUCCCAGAGAUCACAUCUGCUCCAGUUGAACCAGUGACGUCCAGUUUUCCGGAAUUCACAACAACCUCGUCAUCUGAUGCUCUCCCAGCAACAUCUUCCUCAGUCGAUGGCCCUUCGAACAUCGAUAGCAUUCGCGAGUAUACCUAUAAGGGCUGUCUUGGAUCUGCGGAUGGCUACCCAAGCUUCAAACUGAUAGGUUCUGGUGCAAACAUGACUACUUCAAGCUGUGUUGCUUUGGCUAGGGGCCGAGCCUACGUGGGAAUCUAUGACAGAUCCUGUUAUGCGUCAGACUCUCUUGACUCAACCAGCCUAGUGUUGAACGGCCGAUGCGACAUCCCCUGUCCCGGUGAUAGCAGCCAUUUCUGUGGUGGUCUUGUUGUAUCCUCUUCCGAGCGUCGCUGGGUUGGCCCACGUAAAGCGUUCGAUACGCGUGCUGCACCAGCUAAUAUCCUCUUGACCUUGUACGCUCUGGAUGAUGAGCCUCCUUCGCCCGGCGAGACCAGCACGGAGGUUGAGGUGCCCGUUACCACGCAAGAUGGAGUCACAGCCGUUACAACAGACGCCAUUUCCUCUAGAUCGGUGGCCACUGUCACGGAUUUUGUGACUGAGUCUGUUAUCCUUCAACUGGCCGAGACAGUGAUCGACUCGGUUACAAAGCCAGGACAAACACUCGUCGAAACCACGGUUACUACAGUCACCUACACUAUCGUCGACCCAAACAACCCUUCGACCAUGACUGUGACCGAGUACUACACUACCUUGUCUUUUGAGCCUUGCAGCCGCUGUGCUCACCCUCCUGUUCCUACUGUCGAAAUGACAACUUAUGUUAUGCCUUGCAACGCGUGCGGCCAUCAUGGCGAAAACGAAGUCACAAUCACUGCACCUUGUGCUGCUAUCACAGAGCCAGCCAUAAACGCUGCUCAUGGAUCACGAGGCUUGUUCAAUGCUUUGGCUUCUACCCGAGCUCCAUAUCAUGCGGUACCGGGACCUGUUAGAACAGUGACUACAGCACUCAGACAUGCCAAGCCUACUGCGAGUGCUGGAUCUGAUCAUAUCGAGAACCCUAGCCAGCAUCAAACGAGUGACGGGGAGACUGGAGCUGGCCACGCGGUGCCUUCACAGGCUUCUUCUGGAACAAGUGGUAAGGGUACUGCAGUACCGGAAGUUGUAGUUGCGGAAGCUGGGCGCUACGAACGGGGUAUUCUGAGCACCAUCGCGAUGAUCUUCAUUGCCUUGGGUGUUCUCUUGUAG